GUGAGUCCACCAUUGGAUCCACAUUAUGAAGCCAGUGACAUGAUCCCUGCCAGUGUCGCUUGGGCGCCUUGAUUUUUCCAUCGUCUGUCGACUAAAGGCAGUUCUGUAUAGAUGUUACAGGUCAGACAUGGGCUCAAUGUCAAACAUAAAAGGACCCAUCCGGCCUCCCCAAGAAUUUCAAAUUGACAACAUACUUGAUUCAAUUACCACAUGAUACUUCCAACAUCAGAUUAAACAUCAAAAAAAUUCGAACUCAGUUCAUCCAGCCCCUUUUGUUCAACCCGUUCACUGGUUGAUCCUUCCCCUUCCAGACGUCAAACCUCAAAUCAAACCCUUCACCCAAACCCGAUCACCUCAUCCACUUCGUCGAAGCGAAUAUGCCCGCGGCCGACACCAGUGUUCCCGCAGAAACGGGCGAAGCCAACUUGGCGAACUUGCCCAAACCCAGACCGAUCUCUCCGUUGGUCACCAAAGUCGCAGCGUGGGACUUGAAUCCUACGAGGUCUGCUCCUGCUACAGAGAGUUUUCCCAUCGGACCGACAGUGGACGAGGGUACCGAGACUGCAUUCGCUGAUGACGCUCGCAAGCUCGUCGCUCCGUGCGAUAUCCGUCGUGGCGGCAAAUACUACUCUGUCGUGAAGCUACAGAUUCGCUACGAAAAGCAGAAGCCUACCGACAAGGCCCGCGCUCAAGGAUCCGGGUGGCUCAUUGCCGAUGACAUACUUGUGACUGCAGGUCACUGCGCCUUCGAUCACACUUAUGGCCUUGGACGCGCUGUCGAAGUCAAAGUCUACGUUGGGUAUAAUGGCCGUGACUCUGUUGGAUCACUCGAUGUCCAAUUCCGUCAGGGUGUCCGUAUCGCGACACCUGGUGCGUGGGUAGCGAGUGAUGUGAACCGUCACAAUGAUGUCGCCUUUAUCAAAGUCGAUCGACCUUUCGAGGGAAUUGGACCCUUCUCCUUCGAGAGGGCCACCCCGACCACUGGGACACUGGAUAUCGGCGUUGUUGGUUAUCCAGCUGACAAGACCUACAAGGACGAAAAGGCUGCGCAGAUGUACGAGCAAUAUGCCGUAACUACUUUCGAUUUGUCUGCAACUAAGCUCAAUAUGCUGGAGUACUUGAUUUCAACUUACGGAGGUCAAUCUGGGUCGCCGGUCAUUGUCAAGGGCUCUAACGUCGCUAUUGGGACGCACGUAUAUGGCCUUGGAACAAAGAACUCUGCCAGUGUCAUCCGAGGUCAAUACGGCAAUUUCUACCAUGGCCUUCGGAAUGCGGUACGGUCGCCGCUCCCAGCCACCAUCGGCCAGCGUGGAUUCGUCAUCUUGGAAAUAACUGGAGCGGAAGACACUUUCACUGAAUCUGACCCCCCUGUCUCCGAGGGCUUCUGGUCCGUAUUCAAGAAGGUGGUCAGAGUCGGCUCCAAGAUCGCAUCGACAGCCUUGACCAUUGGCGCACCAUUCCUUGGGCCGGUUGGAGCACCCGUGGCAGCAAUCGCAGGUACUGCCCUUCGUUUCGCCGGAAGGGUCGCUGAAACUGCAACGACCGAGGCAGGCAUCGAAGGUGGAGAGGAAAGUCUGUUGACGGCCGAUUAUUCCUGGAAGCCGCACGCCUGCCGCGCAAUUCUGAACGAGGCAGCUUUACAGACUGUCCAGCAGAUGAACGUUAGUACAGCCCAGAAGUACCGCAUCUUUCAAAAGAUGCAGAGCGAGUGGGAGAAAAAGAGACCAUAUAUUCGCGGAUUGGCACGUGACCUGGGCCCGUCUUUCAUGGAGCCAGCACUUCGAAUCGCCCUGCGUAGCUCGGUCCCGACCGGCGAGUCCGAAAUGGACAACUUCCCAGAGAUGAGUCUCGGAAUGCCCAAUGAGGAGAGUACUCUGGAGGGGGAAUCCUCGAUGGAAGGAGAGAGUUCUCCAGAAGCAGAUAUGCAACGCCUCUCAGAAGGUAUCGCAAGCAUUGCCAAAGCCGAAGGCGAAACUGAGGGCUGGUGGAGCAGUGUUGGAAAGGUUUUCAAGCUCGCGGUCAAAGCUGCCCCGGCAGCCAUCAAUCUCUACAAAGCCUUGACGGAAUCCGAGUUUGACGGAGCUGAAAGCAGUCUAGAACCUCAUCUCGAGGAUGUUUGCCACCGGGCCGUCAUGGGAGAAGCUGCUUUCAACGCACUCAUGAGUAUCCCGCCGGCGGAGUGGGCAGCAGAAGGCUUCUACAAGGUCUUUUACAAUACGAUAAAGACUAUCGGCCCCAGCGUCAUCAAGCUUUCACCAGGCAUGAUUCGAAACAUCAAUCCGAUCGUCAUCGGCUCCAUUACGACCAAGCGUCCCGGUCGUGGUGGUGGGGAGUCUUCUUUUGACGGCGCAGAGACUUCAACCUCCCCGAGCAAGAAGCGCAUAGUCGACCUGCUGGAUGAUGUGUCCAUCAAGGAGGCUCCAGGAACGGCAUCUGACCAAUCUUCGGGUAUUGAAGCCGAUACGACUUCGCGUCCGAUCUCCAACGGAAAGAUGAACGGGCACCUCAACGGAACUCCUUUCCCACUACAGUAUGUCAAGGCUAUAGCAUAAGUAGUAUCCUAACAUAAGUAUACUAUAUAUUCACGUCAAAUUGGUUUUAUCGUAUAUAGUAUAGUACGAUUUUAAUUGAGUUUCAUUUCAUU